UAUGCCGAGGGCUCGGCCACUGAUAUCAUCCAACGGCCACAAGAGGCCCGAUAUUAUAGGUUUGUCAUCGAAGAGGCGUCCGAUACUAACCGCGAAUACGAUCAGUUCGUUGCCGUCAGACUCGAGUUCUUUGGCUGCUAUGUAGACGCCGACGAAACCUCAAACAUGACGUGCACAGAGAGACCCAACACAUGGUUUUCAGACUCUAACGAACGACUCAAUCGACACUUUUCAGCCGAUUCUUAUAACAAUGUUAUCUAUUUCUGUGAUUCCACAUCAGAUAUGAACCAUCAGGUGUGCUAUUACUCCAACUCUGGGGGCAGUACUUGGAAUAUAAUCGGCCGAUCGAUUGAUACCAUUCAAGGCUAUGAACUCUCAUCGGGAAAGAUCUUUGCCAUCGAUUCUGAACGACCGGCAUAUCUGAGCUCAAAAGAUGGUCUCAAAUGGACGCCUGAGACAUAUGAGGCUUUCAAUCAGAGCGUAUCGCACCAUAAAUUUCAGCACAAAGUCAUAGUACCGGCGCUCCAUAAGGAGGGGUUGAGGCGAAUGAACCUAAAAGUUGGAAACUGGAAAGCACUUCACGACGGUUUGUACUUUGAGGACAGCAGUGUUCCCAAAGCCUAUUGGAAUAAAUGCUGCAAAAUGUGAACUCAAAUGUUUCAAUCAACUUAUAUGAAUCUUGUUUUGUUUUAAUCACUUUUAUGAAUUGAUAAAAUAUGUAAUUUUUGUUAUAUAAAUACUGAGUCUAUAUUUUCAAACUUUUUAGUUUUUGUUAAUUAGAAUGCAAGC